GGAAAAGACUGUAAAGCGCAUGCGCCACAUUGUAUGUUGUUGUUUCUGGCGGUAAGAUGGCGGCGCUCGGAGACACUUCAGCUCCGGGGAUGAACGGGUUAAUACAACAAUUCACAGCAAUAACAGGGGCCACAGAGAGCGUUGGAAAACACAUGCUUGAAGCAUGCAACAAUAACCUGGAGAUGGCAGUGACCAUGUUCCUGGAUGGAGGUGGGAUGGCAGAGGAGCCCAGCACCAGCUCCAGUUCAGCAGCAUCAAGCAGCAGAGCGCCCCCUACAGAUGAAGUACGAGCACCCAUUCCCCAGAAGCAGGACAUUUUGGUGGAACCCGAACCUCUGUUUGGAGUGCCAAAGCGAAGACGGCCUGCUCGAUCAAUAUUCGACGGUUUCAGAGACUUCCAAACGGAAACAAUCCGUCAGGAACAGGAGCUGCGUAACGGUGGAACAGUGGAUAAGAAACUGAGCACCCUGGCAGACCUUUUCCGUCCUCCCAUUGAGCUCAUGCACAAAGGGAGCUUUGAGACGGCUAAAGACUGCGGACAGCUUGAAAAUAAGUGGCUAAUGAUCAACAUACAAAAUGUUCAGGACUUUGCGUGCCAGUGCCUCAACAGGGAUGUGUGGAGUAACGAUGCUGUGAAGAACAUCAUACGAGAACAUUUUAUAUUCUGGCAGGUUUAUCACGAUAGUGAAGAGGGACAACGAUACAUCCAGUUCUACAAGCUGAACAAGUUUCCCUACAUUUCUAUUCUUGAUCCACGCACAGGGCAAAAAAUGGUGGAGUGGAACCAGCUGGAUGUGGCGUCGUUUAUGGAGCAGGCAACGGGCUUCCUGGCAGAGCACGGCCAGCUCGACGGGCCUUCCAGCAACGCCCCUCCUGCCAAACGGGCUCGCUCGGAGAGUCUGAUUGACGCCAGCGAAGACAGCCAGCUGGAGGCAGCGAUCCGAGCCUCCCUACAGGAGACCCACUACGACUCCUCAAAUGUCCUUGAAGCACCCGACUCACCUCGAUCAGAGGAUGAAUCGGAUGCGGAGCCUUUCUCGGACAGCGAGGGGCCCAUCUCUGUUGAUGGCUCAGACAGCGAAACACCAGCACCACAUGAAGAAAAAAGUUCUACAAGCAAACACACGUCAACGGCUACAGUCACCGCCGCCCAGCAGCGUCUACAUCCUGAUAGUUCCACUUCCUCCCACAGAAAAUCUCCGUACAAAGAGAACAAUCACAGUCACAAAAAAGAGGAGAGCAAAAAGAAUCACCUGGAGCCCUCGGCUCCUAGUCCACUUCAUCCUCAGCCUGAAGCAGACUCUGGAGGGAAUCACUGCUCCUCCCAAACCAAAAGUGCUGGAACUUCCAACAUCAUCACCACAACUUGUGAUGUGGACUGUCCUGAUGACAAUGGCCCCAAAGCCAGGUUGAUGCUUCGUUACCCAGAUGGACAGAGAGAGCAGAUCUCCUUGUCUUCAAAAGCAAAACUUUUGGCACUGGUAAGACACGUCCAGUCCAAGGGUUACCCUAACGAACGCUUCGAACUCGUCACCAACUUCCCCAGGAGGAAGCUCGCCCACUUGGACUAUGACAUCACGUUGCAGGAAGCAGGGCUUUGUCCACAGGAGACUGUAUUUGUUCAGGAGAGAAACUAGCCUUCCCAGAAACAUUCACAUUCUGCUUGUGUAUCUCUAAUAGACCUCACUGUUUCAAACAUCCACAAUGUGAUCUGCCGACGAUCGCAGUACUUUGAGCUCUGAAGGGGAGGCUGCUACUUGUGACAGGGCGGAUGUUAAAGGAUGGACUGCUUUGACUGUCUGAAUACUGACAUCUCCGCUGACAGUCUAAUGCCUUUGUAAUGCUCAACAAUUGGCCAGUAAGGUGUUUCAUAUAUCAGCAUCAGUUUGGUUUCUUAAUAAUGUCUAUUCUGUACUAAUGCAGCACAUUAGAGCAGAAUACACAUGGUUGUCUCCUGUUCAUAAAACCUCAAAUAACAGAUCACUAAUUGACUGUGGGCCACCAGAGACUUGUACAAAGAUACUUUUACUUCCCAAAAUGUAGAUUAAAUGUCAGAGUUUAUUUUCUAGCUCUUGUUUUCUUUUUUUCUGUACAUGGACAAGUGAAGGGAGGUUCAUUCUUCUUUUUUUCUCCAUCAUUGUUUCAAAUGUUGGAACCUGGAAGACAAGAGCCCUCGAGGAACAGGUCCAAAACUUGCAAGACAAAUAAAUGUGUUUUAAUACAGAUUGGAAUAAAAACGAAGGGGGUACAGCUCCUCAGUCGAACCUGCACCACGCAGAGACUGCUUAGCGAUACUGACGUUGAGCCAUAGUCACUCUUUCUUUUUUUUAUAUAUUGCCAAGAAAAUAUGCUGAUAUUGAAAUAUAACCACCAAAAACCAA